GGCAGGCCGGGCAUGGAGCUGCCGGACCCUGUUCGUCAGCGCCUGGGCAACUUCAGCCUCACGGUGUUCGGCGACUCCAGCCGCACCGGGCCGGAGACCAGCGAGGCGGCGGAUAACGAGAUGGUCUCCAGCUUGCCGCUGCAGAUGUCACUGUAUUUCAACUCGUACUUUUUCCCUCUGUGGUGGGUGAGCUGCAUUGUGAUGCUCCACAUGAAGUAUUCGGUCUUGCCUGAUUACUACAAAUUCAUUGUGAUCACUGUCAUCGUCCUCAUAACCUUGAUCGAAGCUAUCCGGCUGUACCUGGGCUCUAUGGGAAACCUGCAGGAGAAGGUUCCUGAGUUGGCUGGCUUCUGGCUUUUGAGCCUUCUACUGCAGUUGCCUUUAAUCCUUUUCUUGCUCCUUAAUGAAGGCCUGAGGAAUCUGCCCUUGGAGAAAGCAAUACACAUCAUCUUCACUGUCUUCCUGACUUUCCAAGUCGUCUCAGCAUUCCUGACCCUGCAGAAAAUGGUCAAUCAGCUGGCAGCCCGUUUCCAGCUGCAGGACUUCGACCGGCUGUCAGCAAACAGUGCAGCUCUGAGGAGGAGGAGGCCAUUUACAGAAGAGCUCUGAUCCCAUGCUGGAGAGUCCGCCUGAAAGAUGACUCAAGACUGAGAGAAUGACAGAGCAGCUGAGAUCAGGCCUGAGAAAGGGCACACAGGUUCCGGCUUGUAUCCUCCAGCCCUGAAUCCUGUGGAGGCAAUGCUAAGACACACUGUGGUCCAUGAAGCUCAGGGGACGUCCAGCAGACACUAAAUUUCUUGUUUCUGAUGUUGACUUUUCAGGGGUUUAUAAGUCUAUUGCUAGUUGUAAUCUACCACCUUUUCCAUAAUGUUCCUAGCUGUAAUCUGACUAGAAGCAUAGAUUUUGGGAAAAAUCAGUUUCUGGCCAAUGGAAUUUCACUGGGUAUCUCAACACAUUCUAGGACAUGCCCCACAGCUGGGAGUAGUUGGAAAACACAAAACAAACUCAGUGAUAUUUUUGUGGACUUUUUGUUUCAUUUUGCUUUUGUUUUGGCAUUUUUGUCUUUAUUAUUAGGGGGCAGGAAGUUGUAAAGGAGUUGGGAAAGAGGAAAAAUAACAUGCAAAAUACAUGGUAUGAAGAAAACAUUUAACAAAAAAAAAAAGGAAUAUGUAACAUCUUUAAGCUUUCAGUUAUCCUACAUCUCCUUUAAGCUUUCAGUUAUCUAAUUGGCCGUUCUGGGUUUCUUGGAACAUAUGGAAAUGCUUGCUCAUCAGCAUGCUCAUGCAAUAGAUGGUAUUUCUAACAGGGACACAUUUUGGGGUGUGCCAGUGCUCAAUUCCAAGUCUCUUCUCAGUCUGUCCUGACGUAAGGGAGGUGGGUGUGCUCUGGUAUUUACAGUUUAUCCUGAGGUGAAGGAGGCAGGCAUAUUUUGACAUAAAACCAGCUUCAGUAUUUGUAGUAUUUGUGAUGAAGGCAUCUAACUGCUUUUAACCAUAAACCAUAAGCUAUUUAUAUUAAAUAUCAGCAGUGCAUA